CCUCAGCGGUGGUGUGAUGGGAGUUAAGCUGCGAGCCGCUGACCAAUGAGAGGGAUGCUGUACAGUCACACCAGCCGCAGCGGCAUCAUUGUGAGCCUGCGUGUGUGUGCGUGUAGCCGCUCCGGACCGGGGGGAUCUGGACCCCGUCUCUGAACCGAGCAGGACCCUGUGCGGGCGCGCGGGCCUCUGCGUGCGCGUUCUCCCGCAUGGACGCAGAGGUGUCGAGCCCCCGGAGGAUGGCGGACGUGAACGGCAACAGUAAGAUCAGCAGCGCGGAGCUGGAGGUGAUCAAGCUCCAGGAGCUGGUGCGGAGGCUGGAGAAGCAGAACGAGCAGCUGCGGACGCGGGCGAACGCUGUAAACAACCGCGCCGCCGGCCCGCACCCCCAGACCCCGCUGGCGUGCGCGCGCGGCGCCGCCGUGGCUCCGGGGGACGGCUUCGCCCCGAAAUACGGCCUCGCGAGCCCGACGCGGUCGCAUCCGUGCGCCGCCGGAGUCCCGGGUUCGCCCGACGAGCCCAUCGCCUAUUUCCAGCCGAGCUCGGCGUCUCCCGACCUCGACGGGGAGGACGGCGACGACGCCGGAGCCGCGACUGUUCUGGAUGAGGUCGAGACGUUGGACUUGGACGCCGUGAUCUCCGUGGGAGAGGCUGAGAGCUGGCUCUACGUGAGCCCCAAGGCCCGGCUGCAGGGGCACAGCGUCCCCAGCGCUCUCCAGUGGUGCAGGCAGGUUCUGGACCACCCGGGGCCCGAGGUGGAGCUGGCCAAGAUGACCUUCUGCCACAGGCUGGACCAAGCCAAGCGGUGGCGAGGACUCUCCGCCCGCCCGUUCAGCUGCAUAGAGGGGCUCUCCACUCUCAGCUGCCCCGUCCCGCCUUACACUAAACCCGCUGCACUAACCGAGCCCCCAGCCCCGUUACCGUCAUCUGGCCAGUCCUUCCUCCAGUCGACCUUCCCGCUGAGGCCCAGCUGCAGCCUCGGCGACAGGGCGCCCACCUUUCUGUCCACCUCCGCUCUCCACAAUGCGGGUCGGCGCCACGCGACCAUCAGCCCCCAGUCUUCCCUGGACAGUGAGGUGGGCGUGUCAGAGCUGGAGGACGACUCCAUCUCUAUGAGCUACAAACUGCAGGACAUGACAGAUGUGGAGGUCAUGGCACGACUGCAGGAGGAAAGUCUCAGACAGGACUACGCCUCUACCUCAGCCACAGUCAGUCGGCGCAGCUCCACCUUCUCCUUGCACUCGCUCAGGCGCAGCGAGAUGGACCUGGAGGAGGAGGAUGAGGAGGACGAAGGCUACGACCAGCUUCCUCCGCCUCAGCCUCGGCUGUUCCGCACGGCGUCUAUGCAGCGGGGCGGCCUGCCCCAUUCGCACACCUUCUCCAGCAUGAGAGACUGCCGGAGCAGCCUGGCCGCCCCUCAGUUUUCCCUCAGCGGACUGCCUCCGAGCUCCGGGCCCUCUGGCGUCACCACGGAAACGUACGCGUCAUACAGGAACAGUGCAGACAAGCUACGGAGAAGCAUGCCCAACCUGAUCCAGACUCCCAGCAUGCCCAGUGCUCCCAGUAUUCCUUGUCUGGCCGUCUCUGUCAACCCACCUUCCCACGGCCCUUCCUCUUUGCCAAUGAUAUCCUCCCUGCGAAGCAGCCAGAGCUUUGACUCGUCCAAUGGGCUUGCACGUCUCCAGUCCUGCAUUCCGUCCCCCGGCCAGCUCCGUCAGCGUGUGCAAAGCGUGGGGAACUUCCCCACUAACACGCGGCAGCCGAUCAAAGCCACCGCCUACGUGAGCCCCACGGUCCAGCAGAGCCCGGCCCCCUCCCCUCUGUCCACCUCCACCAGCCUCCACUCCGUCCCCGGCAGCGCCGCGCUGCCGCAGCCCCUCAAACCCAGCAGCAGCUUCUUAUCACAGCCCCUCAAGGCCGGCGCCAACCAGCCGGCGGCCCCCCGCAGCUCCCUGCCCCGCCCGGCCUCCUUCAUAGGAACAACCGGGGUCCCGCGGGCAAGUAAGGUCGCCCAGGCCCCCCGCAGUUUGUUGACUCCACCGAAGAGCCUGGCUGCUCUGAGCGCCCUGAGGGACGGCAGCUGGAAAGAUGGCUGCUACUGAACCCAGGUCAGCGGGAGUUCAGCGAGUGCACUGAAUUGACUUUCUGCUGUCACGAAGGCCGAGUCUUGGGCUGUGGCCCAAGAGAAAGAGAGACUGUUAGCGUUUAUCUAAAGCACUACUCAGACUGAGGGCAGGAUGGGUCCAGCAGGCUGGAUCUCUAACCUACUAACUGCUGGAACACAGACUGAAAACAUAACAACCUGGCAAUAUUCUGGCACAUUAAUGUGAACUAGAUCUUGUUUGAUACGUGUUUUUGAUUUGUGAAUAGUUAAGGCUUUCCUUUAAACAAAUGUGAAUUACUCUCCAGCGGAAAUAAUAGAGAAAACAGUUGAUGCUAUGUACAUGCUUUAAAUGAUUUCAUGUGAUUAAUUCAUUUGGCACUUUUUAUUUUGGACCAGACUACGGUGUCAUAUAUGCAGUUGGACCUGAAAUUGGAAAGUUUGUUCAUCCUGUGCCUGUUAAGAAGUGUGAAACAUGUUACUUAUAUUUAUUGGCUGGACAUUUCAGCACUUAUCAUCAGAAUUAUGAUUAACACAUCAAAAUAAAUGACCUUUGUUUUUAGUAAGUUAUGACAGUUGUCAAUGUAAAUGCACACAUUUUAUUAUUUGACUUGUAUCUUUGCAUUAUUGUUUACAUGGCACUUAAUCUUUUUAACGUUCUUUGGUAAACAUUAUCAAUGCAAUGAUAUUGCACAUAAAGCUCUAAUGCUUUUUACUGUUGACAAGGAUUUGAGGCGGAAGUGAAUUUUUAAAGUGAAAAAUAAAAGCCUUUGAAAUAUG